CUUCGGGGACGCCUGCGCAGUGCUCCUUCGACGAGGGGUGGGGCGUGCCCCGAACAGGGUGUUAGGGGGCGUGGUUUCAGAAGCGCCUGCGCGGAGGCGGUUGGAGGGAGGCCCGAUUCCCCUUUGUUCAGAUUCGCCAUUUUGCGAGGCAGCGGCAGUGGCGGCGGCAGCGGUGGCUGGAGCCUCUGAUUGGGUUUCGGAGUCCGGUAGUGGAGCCAAUCAGCGCGGGCAGCGAACCGGGGGAGCGAGGCACGGAGUGCAUCUCACAGUCUUCUAUAACCUCCGGAGUGAAGUUCCCUGUGUACAGGAUUCUAACUUGGAGGGACCAUGGAGCAGUAUACAGCGAACAGCAAUAGUUCAACAGAGCAGAUUGUUGUACAGGCUGGACCGAUUCAGCAGCAGCAGCAGGGUGGUGUCACUGCUGUCCAGUUGCAGACUGAGGCCCAGGUGGCAUCUGCCUCAGGCCAGCAAGUCCAGACCCUCCAGGUAGUCCAGGGGCAGCCAUUAAUGGUGCAGGUCAGUGGAGGCCAGUUAAUCACAUCAACUGGCCAACCCAUCAUGGUCCAGGCUGUCCCUGGUGGACAAGGUCAAACCAUCAUGCAAGUACCUGUAUCUGGGUCCCAGGGUUUGCAGCAGAUACAGUUGGUCCCACCUGGACAGAUCCAGAUCCAGGGUGGGCAGGCUGUGCAGGUGCAGGGCCAGCAGGGCCAAACGCAGCAGAUCAUCAUCCAGCAGCCCCAGACAGCCGUUACUGCUGGCCAGACCCAGACGCAGCAGCAAAUUGCUGUCCAGGGGCAGCAAGUGGCACAGACUGCUGAAGGGCAAACCAUCGUUUAUCAGCCAGUUAAUGCAGACGGUACCAUUCUCCAGCAAGUUACAGUCCCUGUUUCAGGCAUGAUCACCAUCCCAGCAGCCAGUUUGGCAGGAGCACAGAUUGUUCAGACAGGAGCCAACACCAAUACAACCAGCAGUGGACAAGGGACUGUCACUGUGACACUGCCAGUGGCAGGCAAUGUGGUCAAUUCAGGAGGGAUGGUCAUGAUGGUGCCUGGUGCUGGGUCUGUGCCUGCUAUCCAAAGAAUCCCUCUACCUGGGGCAGAGAUGCUCGAAGAAGAGCCUCUCUAUGUGAAUGCCAAACAGUAUCACCGCAUACUUAAGAGGAGGCAAGCCCGAGCCAAACUAGAGGCAGAAGGGAAAAUUCCAAAGGAAAGAAGGAAAUAUCUGCAUGAGUCUCGCCACCGUCAUGCCAUGGCACGGAAGCGUGGUGAAGGUGGGCGAUUUUUCUCUCCAAAAGAAAAGGAUAGUCCUCAUAUGCAGGAUCCAAACCAAGCAGAUGAAGAAGCAAUGACACAGAUCAUCCGAGUAUCCUAACCCCAGGCCAUGUGAUGGAGAUGAUCAAGGUCAUGUUCCUCACCACUGUUCCAGGAAAUUGAUCACUUCUUCCGAUGGGACACUGAUGAUCACAUUCUGCCCUUUUCUACAGGACAGAAACCCACUUAGUUUUUCAGAGUGGCUUGGUAUUAUAAUUGCAGCUGGCAAAUUGAAGUUGCAAGGCUUUGUCUCACCCUUUCAGUCAGGACUAUUUUAGACUGUUGAUGACAUUGACGUUUCAUGGACUAGGAUGAUGCGAAGGACUCAUGCCAGCCCAACAGUACCACACACAGCACUUAGAUGUUGACUGGUGAAGCCAGCCAGCCGUCUGAGCAGGGGAGAACAACCUUCUCAAGCUAAACUACAAUCCGGGAAGCUGAAGCCCACUCCUUCCCAUGGAAUCUAAAUACCAUCUCAGGCUAAGUGAAUGAACACUGUAUUCAGAGAUGACUUCCAGGCAUGGAAGUUCAAUCUCAUGGAAAUAAUAAAUUCUCUGAGAUACAUUCAUCUAAUCUGUGGUAAUAAUAAGAAUCUCUGUCUGCGCAGAUGAUAAGUUGGUAUUUUUGGACUCCAAGCCAAGAAAAAGCUAAUUCUGGGGAUAGAAUGAUAAAAGAAUCAAGCACUAAAAAUAAUUGCUGAAUCUUUUUUCAUUUUGGCCAGUUGUGGUCUGCUUGUCCAUCUGUUGACAGGUCAUCUGGACCAUAGUUCUUACUAUGGCUACUUGUAGGACAAUUUAGAAGGUAUUGGACCUUGAAACUUCCUUUCCUAAGUAGAGAACAAAACAAUACAACUAUGCUGAAGUGCUGAGGACAUUUGUAGUAACUCCUAAACAGAGAGGCAAACUAGAGAUUUUCAAUCAUAGGCUUAGUGACAGCAUUUGGAAAAUAGAAGGGUUUGUGUGUGUUUCCGUCUAGAAGAAGAGAGAGAGGUAAUAUACCCAUGUGUUGUCAUAUAGCAUGAUUCGUCAGUUGAUGGAUGCCUGGGAUGGAUCAUUAAGAUGAAGAGACUAAUUUACAUUUACACUAUAAUCUUUUAACAACCGAAAGAGAGAAGUCUGAGAUUUGGUCUUUGACACUUUCUGGAAAGCACUGUUCAAUCAAGCUGUCCUGGACAUUCUCCAGGUUACCUCCUAGAACUUAACGUGGAUGUUGGCUUCACUCCUGCAAGUGCUUGGUGCUGGCCCCAGAAAACGGACAUUCUCACGUUUCCAUGGCAGCUGACUCAUUGGUGCCAGCUUCCAUUUGCUUCCCCCUUUCUCCAUAUGCCUUUGCAGGAAGGUUUUCACUUUGCAUCUACAUUUUGGGGACAAAUUACAGACUGGAACUAGAGAUGGCUGUAGUGUAAGGAAUUGGGCCACGGUUCCCAGAAUGGGUUGUGUCUCAUUUCUUUUCUAGAUGUUGGACCCUGGUAGAUGGUGAUACUUCAGAAGAGUUUCUGCCUACUCUGGAAACAAAGAAGGAAAACUUAAUUCUUUUUGACUUGAUAACCAAGAGUAAAGAUUGGCUCUUUUUAUAUUUUACUCUAAUUGUAUUAAGAGAUAAAAAGUAUUUCACUCUCUAAAGAAAACAUCAUAAGCAUUGUAAUGGCCUAAAUAGAGGUACAGAGCUAUGCAAAGAAAACAGGAAGUGAAAUAUAUUUCUAAUUCCUGAAAUCGAAUCAUCUCCUGGCUUCCAGAUGUCAGAAAUAGAGGACUUAUUCUUUGGUAGACUCACUAGAAACUUCUGGCUCAUUACAUGAGUUUUAGAUGUUAAUUUAUCCAGUAAUCCCCAAAUUUGUCAAAUGACAGGUUACCAAAAACAAUGAGAAAUUUAUAUCCCUUGGUUUGUUUAGGAAUCUUUAAGAUGCAGAGUUCAGAAAGAGAUUCCUCAGACCUAAUUUCUAGUACUUAAGCCAAUAGUUCUAAAAUGCUAUUUAUUUGUGUCUGUAAGUUUGUACAUAGUAAUUCCAGCCUCGUUGCGGAAUUAUUUUUUCAUGCAUUUGAGUUUUGCUUGAAAUUAAAUGCUUCAGUUGUCAUUAUUGUCAUUGCAUUUCAGCUAAUUCAUGGCCCUUUUAUUGUGGUCAUUUUUAGCAUAUCAUAAUAACCCACAAAGUGGGGGUGAGGUGGAUUAAGGUUUGGAUUUUUUUCUUUAUUUGUUGCUAGAAGUUCUUUUACUCAAUUUUCCUUUUGACUGUAGUGAUGAUUUUUAGAUAUAGAGUGAAUGGAUGAGUGAAUAAUUGGUUUAAUAGUUACUUCACUUCAUGAAUGCUUUUUUUUGCAGGAUAAUUGUAUAUAUUUUAAUUGUAUUGGUACAUUGAACAUGUCAGUGUCUAUAUCACUGGACCAACAACAUUUUUGGCUAUUGAGUGCCUGAUAAUAAUGUCUUGAUUUUCUUUUGGGACUCAAUUAUAUAUAUUUUCCCCUCAGCAGUAAGGGGAGUACAGGUGAUCUGAUCAUUGAUGUCAUUGCAAUUGUUAUUUUUAAAAAUAAAUUUAUGAGAAAGUGAUU